UUGAGUUAUGAAAAGGGCGAACGAAACCCUCCGCACAAAGGGUGAGGGUGAGGGUAGAUGGUAAGGAGAAAUGGAGGAUUUUGGCGGAUGGGAGGAUGUGGAUUUGGACGAGUCUGACCUUGUGAAGAAAUUGCAGGCCUCACAGCGCCUCCCGCCCAAUCAUUAUGACAAGCACACGAUUUCUCAGCUCUCAAUUCCUCCUCACAACAAGGCUGCCGAGGAAGAGGAACAAAAUAUCAGGGCGCCUCGCAGAAUCCCUGGCCCAGCUGGAGCUCUCCACAGAACCUUUCAUACAAAAGACGGCAAAACCUCUGUAAAUGAGCCACGCGGACCUCAACUCUCCGCUUUGUGCCCCCAAAUUGACUUGGAUUUUGGACAAGGUCCGUGGCUCUGCGCAAUGGAUUAUCUACACAGGGAAAAUCCUGCGGAAAAUUUAUCUUCAAAUUCAACAAUAGAUUUCAUUAAAAAACGUGGAAAUAUAGAUAGAAUUCCUCAGGUUUUAGGAAUUAUCAAGACAUGCAUGCCAAACAAGUUAGGUAGCGUGUUUGUCACACUGAAGGAUCCUACUGGAACCAUUGGCGGCAGCAUACAUCAUAAAGUCAUGGAAGAAUCACAAUUUGUUAGGGAUAUUUCAGUUGGUGCAGUGCUUCUUCUUCGUCAGGUUGUGGUGUUCUCUCCAACUCCCUGGGCACACUAUUUGAAUAUUACCUUGACCAAUAUUUUGAAGGUUUUCAAAAAGGGCAGCUGUUUGCUUGAGAGACAAAAGGGGGCAUCAUCUAGCAAAAACUGGAGAAACCUUGGUACAGAUAUUUUCAUGGAAGCGGAAACUGCACCAUUAUCAAACAAAAGAGCUCCCCAAUGUGAUACCUCCAUCAGCCCCAAAAAACAUAAGGGGAUGGACCAUAUGCUGCGUAGCAGGUUGCUUGAUACAAAGGCAACUGCUACACCUAAUGAUGGUGUUCUUCAACAUCGUGUCACCAUUAAUAACAACUUGGAGGGCAUAAAAAUUCCUACACAGGAAGAUGGUAGUGAACAAGCAACACAUAACAGGACUGCUUCAAUAAGAAUUUCUAAUGUUAAGGAUAAUAUCUUGGAAGAGGCAGCUGCUAGACAAAAUCCAGAGGCAGGAACCUCCUUUAAAUCUGAUAAUCUUGAGGUGUGCUGCAACCAGAAGGCAUCUAUGCCUGUAACUAUUGAUUGGAAUGAUGAAGUUGAGAUGCUCAUGUCUGAUCAGCUUGAUUUGUUCACAUAGAAUUGUAACUGCAAAUUACAAGAAAAUAUUCUUUCUUUGUAAUAUCCUCUCAUGUGAAUUUCUAACUGUUUUUUCAUGUAUAUAUAACUGAAUUUCAUCAUUAACCACGUGGCAAG